UCCCUGUGUGGAAAAUAUCUGCGCAUGUUUCUUGUGAUCCACCGGAGCUGCUCCAUGUUGCGCAUUGCGCGCAAUAUUCCUCUUGAUGAACAAACAUUACGCGCGAUUUCUCUCUAAAAUCAGAUCAGAACAUUUCUAUCUGUUGUCAUUUUAUGAAUAAAGCGCAAGGUACAGCCAAGCACGUCAAAAAAUAGACAUCUCUCCCACUGUUGCCAAGUGCUUUCCAAACCAACAUCAUCCUAACGCAUUCUCAGCGCGCGCAACUGCCUCUCUGUCGCACGCGCACACUGUCUCUCUGUUCAUUUCACACUCACUCAGAUCAUCACAAAUAUCCUCCUCGAGCCAAUACCUGAGGGAAACCUGAAUUUCGGACAGCAGCUCUUCUACCAGCCAGACAAAUGUCCAGUCCACUAGAGCGGGUUGUAGCCCAGAAGAAGGAGGCCAUUGAAGCCGUGAUGGAGAUGUUUGAGAGAGGAGCCGAGGUGCUGGCCAGCGCUGUUGGGGAGCUGUGUCCUCUUUUUGAAGCUUCUGCUCCAGUUUUGAGGCUGGUCUUGGACAAUGUGGAAAGCAAGGAGAUCACAUAUGUCAAAGAUCAGUUUCUAGUUGUGAGGAGCAAAUUAGAUGUCCUCUCAUGUCAAGUAGAGGACAUCAACUGUGAGAUUAAAAAGGGACGGUUGGAUUCUCAGUUCUUCUCUGUGGAGGAAAAUAUAUGCAACCAAUUUAGAAAAUACAUAGACAUUCUGGAGGCCAAACCUGAGUACAAAGAGGUUAGAAAACGCUUGUUCUUGCAGCAUUUUCCCAAAACAGGAGAGAAGAACCUCUACAUGCUUUACGAUGCUGUGAUGGGGAACAGCACAUUUGGGGAACCGAUCCUGGAUGUUGUGGAACAAUACGAGGCCAGAAACAGAAGGGUCCUGGAAGACUUCUGCGUCAGACUGAAGGAGCUGCUCUGCUUGGGAAUCAUCGCUCUGCUGGGAUAUUGUUUCCUUACUCAGGGUGAGGAAUCAGAGCAGGAGAAGAUUCGAGAGUGGAGCACAAAGAUCCAAGAAAUUGAGACGAAAAUGAAGGAAACGAUAGAGAAAUGUGUGGAUUCGUUUCCAGAGCAAGCUGAACUGGACAUCAAGAGGCUUGUGAAGGAGAAAGAAGAUGAGAACCUUCAGGAAACGGCCAAGGAACUGCUGGACUUCCUGGUGAAGAAGUACGACUGGGUGAGCUGGUCCAUCAGAGUCAUUAGGAACUUGGGCAAAAUUAGCAACUUGAGAGCCGGACAAAACUUUCAGUGUGUGGCCGGACAGAAUUAUUUUGAAGUAUCUCAAGGAAAUGACACCAACCUGGUGGUCUCGUUCAGCAGCGACCCUCAGCCUGUGCCCAACGAGAGCGUAAAGCAGGUGAUGGAAGGCCCUGCGAGGAAGGGAGAUGCCAAAGCUGUUGUGGAGCUUCUGGAGAAGCAGUUAGCUGGGUUUCUGGUUCACGCUGUCAGUCGUCACAAGGACAGCUUUGCUCUGUCGAGCUUUCCUGAAGAAUGUCACUACUGGGAGAAACAUAAGAACGUGAAUCUCUGUGUGCAUUCAGAGUAGAUUUAGAUAAAAAUCUACUAUAACUGCAUUUUACUGUAUCCAUGAUCUAUGUCUUGAAAAAAACUGUAUUUAUUCAGCUUAUUGUCUCUAACAAAUAGUUCAUGCAUUUAUUGUAAUUCCUCUUUUCGUUGUUCUGAAACUAAUACCAAAGUGAUCUUUUUCAGACUAACCAGUUUAAUUAACCAGCCCAUCUGUGUAUGCACUUUUAUGAGCAAUUAUAAUAUUAUUUUAUGUUACAAAGUUUAAUGUGUCUGUCUAAAAUCAUGCCUUGAGAACCAAGAAUUCUCAACCAGGGAUCCGGGGCCCACUGGGGGGCCUAAACAAAAUAA